AAUACACGUCCUGCACAUACGGCGACAAAUGCACAGCUCUGACUGACUUAUUUAUAGUCCGUGAAAGCUGUGCUCCCCCCGCUGGAUCAAAAUGACGGUUUGGCUCAAAAUGGCUGGAGAGAAGCGAUCAUGAGGAUCGAUGGUUUUGCAGGGUGUUUGCGAAAAGCGAUCCUUUCUGUAGAGUGAAGGCGCUCCCCCCCACAUACCUGGGGAUCCAGGGGGAGUGUAGUGAGGGGGGGCGGGACCACUACGUGGACAUCACCCAGGAAGAGGAGGAGUGAGGGCACAACUGAGGAGGAAGCAGUCAUCAAGUUGGUAAAAAACCUUUGUUGGGUAGUGAGUCUAACCCUUCAGAUGAAGAGCCUUCAGUUCCGGAACAUCGCCCCCAAGGCUCCGGCCGUAGUGCUCUCCUCCUCCCCCUCCCCUGCGGUCCUGUCUUGCCAGUCUCCCUCUGCCCUCCCUGAAGCUACCACUGCUUCCAGUCCCAAGUCCAUCAUUGUGCCUACCCAAAACUAUGCACUUAUGCAAAUAGCAGGUCAGGAUGGCACAUUCUCCCUGGUGGCACUGCCCCCUUCGGUCUCCUCUCAGACCCCACCACAACAACAACAACAACAGCAGCAGCAACAAACCCAGUCAAUUCUAAAGAACCUCAAACUGCCUAUUCCCAGAUACCAGUCAGUGAGGAGCAGGGGAACUACAGAUAAGGUCAAAUGUCCACCACCAGCUACCAGAAUUAAAAUGGCUUCCAAAGCUGUUACAUUGCCGAGUAAGUUGUUGGUAGGUGGAGCAUCAACAGUUAAAGAAAAGAAACAGGAGUCCAAGUAUACUCAAACCAUAGUGCCCAAAGAAGAACCUUCAGAGCGGUUAAUUUUGUUUGACGCAGGCUCCUCUGAUAUCUCUGUCACAACACUGCUCUCAGACAAUGCUGUCCUUUAUCCCAACUCUCAACUGGAGCCAAUGUCAGAUGGCUCAGAACAACCAGCUACAACUGGCCUCAUUCAGAAUCUCCAAUAUACCCCUACUGCUGUGAAAAGCUCCCCAGGCAAUUCCUCAGAGGAAAGUAAGACCACAUUGAGGCUCUGCCAAUCCAAACCUGCUUUAGCCCAGCCCCAGAGCAGCAUCACUGUCCUUUCUCCUGCCAUCUUCAGCAAAGCAGUACAGAUUAUCCCAUCCCCACCUAAAGGUAAACUUCCCAUCCUGCCCUACUCCAAAAUGAAGAGCACCCUCAUCCCAGUUGCCAAGCUCAGCAACUUGUCCCCUGAGACUAAGGGGUUCUCUUGCCAGACAGGGCAAACAAGCCCCACAGAUCCUACAUCCAACAAGUUGAAGCCAGCUGAAGUCUUGAAUCAGAACCUGGUGGCAAAAUCUGCUUUGGAAAACCAGCCCAAGACCACAAACAUGCCUGUGUUGGGCAUCCUCCAGAAGCCACCUGGCAAGAAACGUGGAAGGAAGAGGAAGACAAUGGAGGACAUCUUAGCAUUUGAGGCCCGAAAGAAGAGGUCCCUGUCCUUCCGAAGAAGGGUCCCUGAAAAACUGCCACCAGUAGUUUCAGGCUCCAAGCAAAAGGAAGUUGAUAUUUCAAAGAAGUACCGGAGCAUUCGACCCAAGCCCUUGUUAGUGAUGGAAACAGUUCCCCAACUUGUUAGUUUCCCUGCUGUUACCUCAGAAGGCCAGGAACAGGAGCUUGUACUUGGUCACCAGUUUCCCACCUCCCCUACAACCAAGGCCCAUGAUUGUCCUCCACUAACCUCAGUAGCCCUCCAUCUUAGAGGUGCCUCCCAUCCCAGAGUCUUCAUAGGCAGCCGUCCACUCCACCGUUGUCCCACCUGCAGUCGCUUUUUCCAGUUUAAGCACCACCUCCAGAGCCACAUGAAUAUUCACACUAACAGUCGGCCCUACAUCUGUCCAGUAUGCCGUAAAGCCUACGCUCAAUCAGGCAGCCUGAGCACCCACAUGAAGCUUCAUCACUCGGAGGUACGCCCCCGUCGGUCUUUAAGCUGUGAAUUCUGCCAGAAGGCUUUUGGGUAUGUGGGGGUGUACUUCAGUCAUCUGAGAGAGGUUCACAAAGUGGUGCUGACUGUGGAGCCGUCCAUCAGCCAUCAUGAGGUUGAAGUUCUUGAUGGUGCCAACCCCCCACAUGCAUCAGAUGAGCAGGACAGUGAAGACCCUGUGGAGCUGCAGAUCAAAUGUGGCCGUUGUCAUGCAAUCACCCCCACUUUUGCUGACAUGAAGAUGCAUUUACUUUAUGUGCACAGUGAGGAGGUCCAGGUCCGACCACAUGACGGCCAGCCACUGCAGGCUUGUCGAGAUGCAGAGAAGGAACUUGUAAAACAUGCUGCCCAUUAUUGGCGGCAACUUAAUGAGAAACGCAACCUGGUGAAGUGUGGAGACUGUGACGAGGAGUUCUUCUCCCUCUCUAAGUUGAAGAGGCACAUCAAGUCUCACCAUCGUGGAAGAGAGGGCGAGGAUAGUUGUACUAUCUCAUCAUCAGAGAGCAGCGGACGACUCGGUAUCCUUGCAGCAGGUGCAGCCUUUAACUGUGUACUGUGCAGCGAGGUGUUAGACACUAAAGAGGGGGUUAUGGAACACUGGAGGGGUUGCCACCACUGUGAGCAACCAAACCUGCUUUGGGAUGCACUGAGCUCCUACUCGGGUCAGGAAGAGUGCGAGGCAGAUAGGAAUUUGGUCACACAUGCUCCAAGCCCACGCUAAGCUGCCUUGCCCUUGGAUGGGCAUGGGGCCCUUUGCUGAGGCUUGUCCUCACACACACUCAGUCCAAUCAACAAUCAAUAGCACAGGAAUAGAGAGUCUAUCUUAUGUCUUCUAACAUUCGUUUUAUCUUUCACUAACUGAGCCUGGUCAGAACUUAAAAAUAGGUCAAAAUAAAUCAGGCCAGUAGUGAAAAUUGGAAAAUUGAUCUUCUGUGUAUUUUCAGUCAGUCAAAUUCAUGAACAACUUUAUUUUUCAUGUUAUUUUAAAUGCACUGUUCUGUUUAUGUCUUAAUUUUAUUUCAAGUUUUGUAUUUAAUAUCCUGUCUGAAAGUAAAUGGUUAUUUAUUUCUCAUGCCUGUUGAAAGAAUACUAGGGUAAUUUAUAACUUAGCUGAAACAGUAUAAUUGUUACAUCACCAUUUCAUCCAAACACUCCUAGUCAUGCAUAGACUUUGUUUUAAUGUGCUCAGGUUUUGAGAAUUAUUCUGCCUUCGGUCUAAUAAAAUAUUUAAAUUUUUCUUUUUUUUUGUUAUUUUAUAUCUUUGUUUGAUGGUGGUUAUAGACAAGUGGAAAGAAAAUGCAGCAGUUUCAAAAAAGAGAUUUGCAAGAUAAUUGCAAUAAAUGGUCGGCCAUCUAAUGGCGCGUUCCCACUACACAGUUCCAGCAUGACUCGGCUCAGCAUGGCUCAACUCUACUGGGGGUUUUUGCUUUCCUGUUUGUGAUAGGACCUGGUACCUGAUACUUUUUAUUACCUGCUCUUGUGACGACCGUGUUGGCACUGGAAGAGUCAUGAGUGUGACGUCUGACAGGAAUCAAACCAAACAAUGUCGAACCUUAGAUCAGUUAAAGAGACUUGAACAAUAUAGCAGGAAAACUUCGUAAAUCUCAAUAUUUAACAGAAGAAUCUGGUGGAUUUAGCGAUCGUGAGCCACAUAAUAACCUCUUCACCUGUGUGUCAGACAGAGUCGGCACUCUGGUUAUGCAGGAAGUACUGAACUAAUCUUUUUAUUGAACUGAUUCUAAUGAUUCAGUACACAGAAAAUAACUGCUUUACAAGUCACUAGUCACUCGUCUGUGUGUGUCGCGUAUAAAUCAAUAUCAUGGCAGUUUCAUGCAGCUGUGCUAUGAUGACUCCGCCCACCUUGAGGUACGAUAGUAAUGGAAAGACCGUACCAAACUGAGUAGAGUUGACUCGUACCGUGCCGAUUCAUGGCGGAACUGUAUAGUGGAGAGCGCCAUUAAACUUAAGCCAGUUCUUUUGUUUUUUAUUGACAUGUUAAAUCCUGUCGAUUGAAUUAACUGAUGAAAACUGUUGGAGUGCAGGCAGAAAUCACAAAGAUGAUGUAUUUGUUAUCUAAUACAUAAAAAGUACCACACUGAUCUGUAAAGCCUAAUGCCACUAUGGGAAAAAAAAAUGACAGUAAUUGUUAAAUUACUUGUUCACAUGGAUGAUCAAAUUCUGAAAGCAAACCCUAUCCUCAUAUCAAGGGCAGACUUUUCACUAUCACUGACUGGCCUUGGAUCGUUCCUCCGAUCAUCCGUACGAUCCUUUUCUCUAACAGCAGAAGAAUCAGUGUUUUCAGUUGUGACUUGUGACUAAGGGCAGUAUUAGGGUCCCAUGUCAGUUUGGACCCAUAGAGGAAAAAGUUUCAAACCAGCACCAAAGUGACAUUCUUGUGGCCUUCUGAAGAAAAAGACUCAGCAUUAGCGUUCUCUGGUGGCCAAGUUCUAUCACCUUGACUUGUUGAUUAAUGCCUAUCUGUGUAUUCUGCAUAUGCCAAGGUUUUAUUCACAUUAGUGAUUGUAGUCAUGAGUUUUGCAUUUGAGCUUUUUACCACUGACUGUUAAUUUAGUUUAAUACACAAAGGAAACUAAUGAAUUGCCUACCUGUUGUUGCCAGCUCAUGUGCACACCUGUGGAAUUGUGCACACCGAGACCGUUGUUGGAGUUAUUAUAAACUGUUGUCAAGUCCAGAAAAAUAUGCUAUUUUAUACUCAGAUCUUUUAGUAUAUUUAUGCUUGAGGUUGGUCCUUAAAGAACCAUCACUGAAACAUUUGUUAUGUUUAUUAAGUCUAAUUUGGAGAUGCUUACUGUCUUGUUUUGUGGUUGGGAGGUCGUUACUAAAUGGCAAGUAGCUCUGUCAAUAUUUGUCUGUGUUUAUCUUUCAUAUACAGAGGACAAGAAAUGUCAAAUGAAUGUACCUAUAUGUUAAAAAAACUAUACCAAAAGUAUAUACUGUAUAGACCUAUUCUAUAGAUAGAAUAUAUAUAGAUAUAUUGAGAAAGAAACAUAUAUAUUUGCAUUAAGUAGUUAGUAGAUUGUUGUUUUGUCACAGUAGAGGAGGAAAAACAAGAGGUGAAUAUACGCAUUAUAAUUGUAGAUCUGUCUGUGUGUGUGUGACACAAACACAGGACUAUGAAUGAAGGACAAAGUAUUGAUGUGUUCAUGUGAUGUUGCACUGAGUGCAUAAGCUACAGUUCAUUGAAUACCUGGUUUGAGUGUUCAUCAGUGAACUGUCCUUUGUUUUCAUGACCUCAACACAAACCUGUAAGUGACAGGAGUAAUGUUCAGAAGUCUUUCCUCCAUGACUGUCAGCACAAGUGAGACAUAAUAUUUUUGGUUCAUGUAAUAUGUUGAUUGUGUUCAAAAGAAAAGUGUUUGUGCUUGUGGAUGUUUGUGUAACUGAAGAAAACAGAUCUUUAUCAGAAUAAAAAAAUUGCUUUGUU